AUGUACACCCUGGAUCAGUGGCGACCCGUCGUUCAGGGCAGGUGAGGCAGAGCCCCACCUGUUUUGAGCCCCACCUGUUUAGCUAAAAAAAUAUAUAUAUACAUAUACAGUGCCUUUGGAAAGUAUUCAGACCCCUUCCCUUUUUCCACAUUUUGUUACGUUACAGCCUUAUUCUAUAAUUGAUUAAAUACAUUUUUAAAAAUCCUCAUCAAUCUACACACAAUACCCCAUAAUGUUAAAGCGAAAACAGGUUGGAGUCCAUCUGUGGUAAAUUCAAUUGAUUGGACAUGAUUUGGAAAGGCACACAUCUGUCUAUAUAAGGUCCCACAGUUGACAGAGCAAUGCAGAGCAAAAACCAAGCCAUGAGGUCGAAGGAAUUGUCCGUUGAGCUCCGAGACAGGAUUGUGUCAAGGUGCAGAUCUGGGGAAGGGUACCAAAAAAAUUCUGUAGCAUUGAUGGUCCCCAAGAGCACAAUGGCCUCCAUCAUUCUUAACUGGAAGAAGUUUAGAACUACCAAGACUCUUCCUUGGGCUGGCCGCCCGGCCAAACUGAGCAAUCGGGGUAGAAGGGCCUUGGUCAGGGAGGUGACCAAGAACCCAAUGGUCACUCUGACAGAGCUCCAGAGUUCCUCUGUGGAGAUGGGAGAACCUUCCAGAAGGACAACCAUCUCUGCAGCACUCCACCAAUCAAGCCUUUAUGGUAGAGUGACCAGACGGAAGCCACUCCUCAGUAAAAGGCACAUGAAAGCCCGCUCGGAGUUUGCCUAAAGGCACCUAAAGGACUCUCAGACCAUGAGAAACAAGAUUCUCUGGUCUGCUGAAACCAAGAUUUAACUAUAUUUGGCCUGAAUGCCAAGCGUCACGUUUGGAGGAAACCUGGCACCAUCCCUACGGUGAAGCAUGGUAGUGGCAGCAUCAUGCUGUGGGGAUGUUUUUCAGCGGCAGGGACUGGGAGACUAGUCAGGAUCGAGGGAAAGACGAACAGAGCAAAGUUCAGAGAGAUCCUUGAUGAAAACCUGCUCCUGAGCGCUCAGGACCUCAGACUGGGGCAAAGGUUCACCUUUCAACAGGAAAAUUACCCUAAGCACACAGCCAAGACAACACAGGAGUGGCUUCGGGACAUGUCUGAAUGUCCUUGAGUGGCCCAGCCAGAGGCUGGACUGGUGAUUUAAUGGUGCCGGAGAAGAUGGCUGCCGUUCUACAGCCCUCUAAACAAUUGUACUAUUAUGUGAGUUUUUUUGUGUUAUUUGUAAUUUAUUCUGUACAUAAUGUUUCUGCCACCAUCUCUUAUGACCAAAAAGAGCUUCUGGAUAUCAGGACAGCUGUCACACUCUGGCUCCGGGACUUUGUGUGUUGAGCCAGGGUAUGUUCGUUUCGUGGUGUUUUGUUUGGUUGGGUGGUUCUAUGUGUUGUAUUUCUUGGUUUGGUUGAGUGACUCCCAAUCAGAGGUAACGAGUGUCAGCUGUUGGCUCGUUGUCUCUGAUUGGGAGCCAUAUUUAUACUGUCUGUUUUCACCUGGUGUUUGUGGGUUUUUGUUCCUGUACAGUCAUUGCCACUGUGGACUUCACUAUCGUCUUUUGUUUUGUAUUGACGUGCUUUACUAAUUAAAGUCAUCAUGUUCACUCGCAACGCUGCGCCUUGGUCUCCUGUUUUAGACGAUCGUGACAGAAAAACCCACCAUCAAAGGACCAAGCAGCGUGUCCGGGAGCAAAGAGACUGGACAUGGGAGGAGGCGCCUGGUAAGGAGAUCGAGAGGCUGGCGAUGGCCCAGGUGGGCAAAUCGUGGUCCUGGGAGGACAUGCUCGGGGGCAAGGGACCUUGGGGGAAGAUCAAGGCCCUGGCGAGAGAGGAGCAACGGCGUCAGCAGGGUCAUCGUUGGAAGGACGUGAGGCAACCCCAAAAAGUUUUUUGGGGGGGGCACAUGGCUUGGGCGGCUGGGCAGCAGGAGGCUGCCACAGGGAGAUGUGGAGAGAAGGCUACCGGAUUACGGGAGCCAUUGGCGAAUAGAGGGAGGGAAGCAGUUGAGGCACGGCGUGAGAGACUGAGGUGUGUUACCAGUCCGGACCGGCCCGUUCCUGAUCCCCGGUUAAGGCCAGUGGUGUGUGUUCCCAGUACGGACCGGCCUGUUCCUACUCCACGCAUCAAGCCCACGGUGUGCGUCGCCAGUCCAGCCCGGCCGGUUCCUGUUCCACGUAGAAAGCCUACGGUGUGCGUGGCCAGCCCAGCCCAACCUGUUCCGACUCCACGCAUCAAGCACACGGCAUGGACGACGGAGGCAAAGAUGGGGCGAAUCCAGGAGGCCACCAGGCCAGGGGUACACCGCCCUGUACGUCCUGUGCGGAUGCCUCACACAGAGUGUGUGAGGGUAGGCAUUCAGCCAGGACGGGUGGUGGCCGCUGUUCACUCCAGGCCUCCUAUCCGUCUCCACAGCCCGGUCCGGCAUAGUCCUGCUCCCCGCACCAAGUCCACGGUGUGCGUCGCCAGUCCAGCCCGACCUGUUCCUGCGCCACGUACCAGACCCACGGUGUGCGUCGCCAGUCCAGCCCGGCCGGUUCCUGCUCCACGUACUAAGCCUACGGUGUACGUCGCCAGCCCGACCCGGCCUGUUCCUGCCACCCGCACCAAGUCUAUGGUGCGCGUCGCCAGCCCGGUCCGGCCUGUUCCUGCCACCCGCACCAAGUCUACGGUGCGCGUCGCCAGCCCGGUCCGGCCUGUUCCUGCCACCCGCACCAAGUCUACGGUGCGCGUCGCCCGGCCAGAGUCUGCCGUCUGCCCAACGGCGCCUGAACUGCCCGUCUGCCCAACGGCGCCGGAACUGCCCGUCUGCCCAACGGCGCUUGAACUGCCCGUCUGCCCAACGGCGCCUGAACUGCCUGUCUGCCCAACGCCGUCUGAACUGUCCGUCUGCCAAGCGCUGCAUAAGCCGCCCGUCUGCCAUGAGCCUUCAGAGCCGUCCGCCAGACCGGAGCCGCUAGAGCCUUCCGCCAGACAGGAUCAGCCAGAGCCUUCCGCCAGACAGGAUCAGCCAGAGCCUUCCGCCAGACAGGAUCAGCCAGAGCCUUCCGCCAGACAGGAUCAGCCAGAGCCUUCCGCCAGACAGGAUCAGCCAGAGCCUUCCGCCAGCCAGGAUCCGCUAGAGCCAGCCAGCCAGGAUCCGCCAUUCAGUCCGGUGCUGCCCCUUAGUCCGGUGCUGCCCCUUAGUCUGGUGCUGCCCCUUAUCCUGGUGCUGCCCCUUAGUCCGGUGCUGCCCCUUAGUCCGGUGCUGCCUCUUAGUCCGGUGCUGCCCCUUAGUCCGGUGCUGCCUCUUAGUCCGGUGCUGCCCCGUAAUCCGGUGGGGGUCAGUUGGAGGAGGCUACGAAAGCGGGUAGUGACUAUGGUGGGGUGGGGACCACGACCAGAGCCAGAACCACCGCCGAAGAGGUAUGCCCACCCAGCCCUCCCUUGGUUAGCCCUAGUUGAGGCGCGGUCGCAGUCCGCGCCUUUAGGGGGGGGGUACUGUCACACUCUGGCUCCGGGACUUUGUGUGUUGAGCCAGGGUAUGUUCGUUUCGUGGUGUUUUGUUUGGUUGGGUGGUUCUAUGUGUUGUAUUUCUUGGUUUGGUUGAGUGACUCCCAAUCAGAGGUAACGAGUGUCAGCUGUUGGCUCGUUGUCUCUGAUUGGGAGCCAUAUUUAUACUGUCUGUUUUCACCUGGUGUUUGUGGGUUUUUGUUCCUGUACAGUCAUUGCCACUGUGGACUUCACUAUCGUCUUUUGUUUUGUAUUGACGUGCUUUACUAAUUAAAGUCAUCAUGUUCACUCGCAACGCUGCGCCUUGGUCUCCUGUUUUAGACGAUCGUGACAACAGCGAUUACUCACCUCGUAUUGGACGAAGAUUAUUUCUUCAACGACUCGGAUGCAAAGGAUAUUCUACAGACACCCGACAAGGCCCAAAUUCCUGUCAUUCGCAUGAGAAAGAGAUGGAGAAAUCGUGGACGUAGGUCGGGGUGCCUUGUAAGGAUCCGACGGUGAGUGAGUAAACUGCCUCUUCCUUCAAUCCUAUUAGCCAAUGUUCAAUCAUUUGAAAUUAAUUGGACGACAUAAGAUUAAGGUUACCCUACCAACGGGACAUUAAAAACUGUAAUAUCUUAUGUUUCACCGAGUCGUGGCUGAACGACGACAUGGAUAACAUACAGCUGGCGGGAUAUACGCUACAUCGGCAGAACAGAACGUCUGACUCCGGUAAGACAAGGGGUGGCGGUCUGUGUAUAUUUGUAAACAACAGCUGGUGCAUAAAAUCUAAUACUAAGGAAGUCUUGAGGUUUUGCUCGCCUGAGGUAGAGUAUCUCAUGAUAAGCUGUAGACCACACUAUUUACCAAGAGAGUUUUCAUCUAUAUUUUUCGUAGCUGUCUAUUUACCACCACAAACCAAUGCUGGCACUAAGAUUGCACUCAAUGAGCUGUAUAAGGCCAUAAGUAAACAGGAAAACGCUCAUCCAGAGGCAGCGCUCCUAGUGGUGGGGACUUUAAUGCAGGGAAACUUAAAUCCGUUCUACCUCAUUUCUACCAGCAUGUUAAAUGUGCAACCAGAGAAAAAAAACUCUAGACCGCCUUUACUCCACACACAGAGACGCGUACAAAGCUCUCCCUCGCCCUCCAUUUGGCAAAUCUGACCAUAACUGUAUCCUCCUGAUUCCUGCUUAUAAGCAAAAACUAAAGCAGGAAGCACCAGUGACUCGGUUAAUAAGGAAGUGGUCAGAUGACGCAGAUGCUAAGCUACAGGACUGUUUUGCUAGCACAGACUGGAAUAUGUUCCGGGAUUCUUCCGAUGGCAUUGAGGAGUACACCACAUCAGUCACUGGCUUAUCCGCACUGAGCUAAAGGGUAGAGCUGCUGCUUUCAAGGAGCGGGAUUCUAACCCGGACGCUUAUAAGUAAUCCCGCUAUGCCCUCCGACGAACCAUCAAACAGACAAAGAGUCAAUACAGGACUAAGACUGAAUCGUACUACACCGGCUCUGACGCUCGUCGGAUGUGGCAAGGCUUGAAAACUAUUACAGACUACAAAGGGAAGAACAACCGCGAGCUGCCCAGUGACACAAGCCUACCAGACAAGCUAAAUCACUUCUAUGCUCGCUUCGAGGCAAGCAACACUGAAGCAUGCAUGAGAGCAUCAGCUGUUCCGGAUGACUAUGUGAUCACGCUCUCCAUAGCCGAUGUGAGCAAGACUUUUAAGCAGGUGAAAAUUCACAAGACUGCAGGGGCAGACGGAUUACCAGGACGUGUACUCCGAGCAUGCGCUGACCAACUGGCAAGUGUCUUCACUGACAUUUUCAACCUGUCAUAGACUGAGUCUGUAAUACCGACAUGUUUCAAGCAGAUCACCAUAGUCCCUGUGCACAAGAACACUAAGGUAACCUGCCUAAAUGACUACCGACCUGUAGCACUCACAUCUUUAGCAAUGAAGUGCUUUGAAAGGCUGGUCAUGGCUCACAUCAACACCAUUAUCCCAGAAACCCUAGACCCGUUCCAAUUUGCAUACCGCCCCAACAGAUCCACAGAUGAUGCAAUCUCUAUUGCACGCCACACUGCCCUUUCCCACCUGGACAAAAGGAACACCUAUGUGUGUGUGUAGGUAACAACACUUCUGCCACGCUCUGCUUCCACACGGCAAGUGUGUACGGCCCAAUACAUCACUGGGGCCAAGCUUCCUGCCAUCCAGGAUCUAUAUACUAGGCGGUGUCAGAGGAAGGCCCAAAAAAUGGUCAAAGACUACAGUCACCCAAGUCAUAGACUGUUCUCUCUGCUAUCGCACGGCAAGCAGUACCAGAGCUCCAAAUCUAGGUCCAAAAGGCUUCUUAACAGCAUCUAAGCUAUAAGACUGCUAAACAUUUAAUCAAAUGGCCACCCAGACUAUUUACAUUGACCCCCCGCUACUUGCUGUUUAUUAUAUAUGCAUAGUCACUUUACCCCUACCAACAUUUACAAAUUACCUCCACUAACCUGUACCCCCGCACAUUGACUCGGUAUCGGUACCCCCUGUAUAUAGCCGCGUUUUUGUUAUGUCAUUUUAUUGUAUUACUUUUUAUUUUAUUUUUUACUUUAGUUUAUUUAGUAAAUAUUUUCUUAACUCUAUUUCUUGAACUGCAUUGUUGGUUAAGGGCUUGUAAGUAAGCAUUUCAUGGAAAGGUCUACACCUGUUGUAUUCGGCGCACGUGACAAAUAUAAUUUGAUUUGAUAUAACGUCAUUUUAUCUGUGUCCAAUGACCUUGAGCCUUCUUGGAUGGGUACUUCUAAUCUAACUAUAUGGCAGCACCUAAGGGGCUUUAAUUUUUCGAGCUCUACCCGUAGAUUUUUAAGGCGAUGUAGUUUCCCCAUGAGUGACAGAACCCUGAGCCAAUCACAGCGCAACUAGUGAACAUUACCACUACGCUCCAUAUUUUCCGCUGGCUGCCCCACCACCACAGGCUGAAACACCUGCAUUUUGGAGCUGCCUUACUCAAGAAAGCAAAAAAGAGACCAUGUUUGUACAGUGAGGGAAAAAAGUAUUUGAUCCCCUGCUGAUUUUGUACGUUUGCCCACUGACAAAGAAAUGAUCAGUCUAUAAUUUUAAUGGUAGGUUUAUUUGAACAGUGAGAGACAGAAUGACAACAAAAAAAUCCAGAAAAACGCAUGUCAAAAAUGUUAUAAAUUGAUUUGCAUUUUAAUGAGGGAAAUAAGUAUUUGACCCCCUCUCAAUCAGAAAGAUUUCUGGCUCCCAGGUGUCUUUUAUACAGGUAUCGAGCUGAGAUUAGAAGCACACUCUUAAAGGGCUUAAAGGACUCCUAAUCUCAGCUUGUUACCUGUAUAAAAGACACCUGUCCACAGAAGCAAUCAAUCAAUCAGAUUCCAAACUCUCCACCAUAGAGAGUCAGGGACAAGAUUGUAGACCUACACAAGGCUGGAAUGGGUUACAAGACCAUCACCAAGCAGCUUGUUGAAAAGGUGACAACAGUUGGUGCGAUUAUUCGCAAAUGGAAGAAACACAAAAUAACUGUCAAUCUCCCUCGGCCUGGGGCUCCAUGCAAGAUCUCACCUCGUGGAGUUACAAUGAUCAUGAGAAUGGUGAGGAAUCAGCCCAGAACUACACGGGAGGAUCUUGUCAAUGAUCUCAAGGCAGCUGGGACCAUAGUCACCAAGAAAACAAUUGGUAACACACUACGCCGUGAAGGACUGAAAUCCUGCAGUGCCCGCAAGUUCCCCCUGCUCAAGAAAGCACAUAUACAGGCCCGUCUGAAGUUUGCCAAUGAACAUCUGAAUGAUUCAGAGGAGAACUGGGUGAAAGUGUUGUGGUCAGAUGAGACCAAAAUCAAGCUCUUUGGCAUCAACUCAACUCGACGUGUUUGGAGGAGGAAUGCUGCCUAUGACCCCAAGAACACCAUCCCCACCGUCAAACAUGGAGGUGGAAACAUUAUGCUUUGGGGGUGUUUUUCUGCUAAGGGGACAGGACAACUUUACCGCAUCAAAGGGACGAUGGACGGCGCCAUGUACCGUCAAAUCUUGGGUGAGAACCUCCUUCCCUCAGCCAGGGCAUUGAAAAUCGGUCGUGGAUGGGUAUUCCAGCAUGGCAAUGACCCAAAACACACGGCCAAGGCAACAAAGGAGUGGCUCAAGAAGAAGCACAUUAGGGUCCUGGAGUGGCCUAGCCAGUCUCCAGACCUUAAUCCCAUAGAAAAUCUGUGGAGGGAGCUGAAGGUUCGAGUUGCCAAACGUCAGGCUUGAAACAUUAAUGACUUGGAGAAGAUCUGCAAAGAGGAGUGGGACAAAAUCCCUCCUGAGAUGUUUGCAAACCUAGUGGCCAACUACAAGAAAUGUCUGACCUGUGAUUGCCAACAAGGGUUUUGCCACCAAGUACUAAGUCAUGUUUUGCAGAGGGGUCAAAUACUUAUUUCCCUCAUUAAAAUGCAAAUCAAUUUAUAACAUUUUUGACAUGUGUUUUUCUGGAUUUUUUUGUUGUUAUUCUGUCUCUCACUGUUCAAAUAAACCUACCAUUAAAAUUAUAGACUGAUCAUUUCUUUGUCAGUGGGCAAACAUACAAAAUCAGCAGGGGAUCAAAUACUUUUUUCCCUCACUGUAUGUGGCUUUAUUAACUACAUUAUUUUUUUUUUUUACAUUGUUUGCAAACUGAUACAGUCUAAGUCGGAGGUUUACAUACGCCUUAGCCAAAUAUAUUUAAACUCUGUUUUUCACAAUUCCUGACAUUUCAUCCUAGUAAAAAUUCCCUGUCUGUCACGGUUUCGGCCGAGGCUGCCUCUCUUCCUUGCUCGGGCUGGCUUCGGCGGUCGUCGUCUCCGGAGUACUAGCUGCCACUGUUGUAUGUUUCGAUGUUCGUUUGGUUUUGUCUUGAUGUUGUACACCUGUUAUCGUUUAGCGUUCAUUAUUGUCCUAUAAGUUCUCGUUGUGUUUGUUAUGUGUUGUGUGUGAUUGAACUUGCUGUCGUGUAUGUCUGUGCUUCGUUCGCUCCUCUGUGUUGGAGAGGUUCUCGCACAUGUUUGUGCGUUAUUGUUAUUUUGUUUGAUUUUACGCCUGUGUGCGUAAUCGCUCGUAUCCAAGCUCUUUUGACUCGUUUUGAGUUUUGGUUCACUAAAGUCUAUUGGACUAAGUUCCUGCGUCCUGCGCUUGAUUCCUGCACCACACCUUCACAGCACACCUUCUGACACUGUCUUAGGUCAGUUAGGAUCACCACUUUAUUUUAAGAAUGUGAAAUGUCAGAAUAAUAGUAGAGAGAAUGAUUUAUUUCAGCUUUUAUUUCUUUCAUCACAUUCCCAGUGGGUCAGAAGUUUACAUACACUCAAUUAGUAUUUGGUAGCAUUGCCUUUAAAUUGUUUAACUUGGGUCAAACGUUUCGGGUAGCCUUCCACAAGCUUCCCACAAUAAGUUGGGUGAAUUUUGGCCCAUUCCUCCUGACAGAACUGGUGUAACUGAGUCAGGUUUGUAGGCCUCCUUGCUCGCACACGCUUCUUCAGUUCUGCCCACAAAUUUUCUAUAGGAUUGAGGUCAGGGCUUUGUGAUGGCCACUCCAAUACCUUGAAGUUGUUGUCCUUAAGCCAUUUUGCCACAACUUUUGAAGUAUGCUUGGGGUCAUUGUCCAUUUGGAAGACCCAUUUGCGACCAAGCUUUAACUUCCUGACUGAUGUCUUGAGAUGUUGCUUCAAUAUAUCCACAUAAUUUUCCUUCCUCAUGAUGCCAUCUAUUUUGUGAAGUGCACCAUUCCCUCCUGCUGCAAAGCACCCCCACAGCAUGAUGCUGCCACCCCCUGUGCUUCACGGUUGGGAUGGUGUUCUUUGGCUUGCAAGGGACCCCCUUUUUCCUCCAAACAUACCGAUGUUCAUUAUGGCCAAACAGUUCUAUUUGUGUUUCAUCCGACCAGAAGACAUUUCUCCAAAAAGUAUGAUCUUUGUCCCCAUGUGCAGUUGCAAACCGUAGUCUGUAUUUUUUUAUGGCGGUUUUGGAGCAGUGGCUUCUUCCUUGCUGAGCGGCCUUUCAGGUAAUGUCGAUAUAGGACUCGUUUUACUGUGGAUAUAGAUACUUUUGUACCUGUUUCCUCCAGCAUCUUCACAAGGUCCUUUGCUGUUGUUCUGGGAUUGAUUUGCACUUUUCGCACCAAAGUACGUUGAUCUCUAGGAUACAGAACGCGUCUCCUUCCUGUGCGGUAUGAUGGCUGCGUGGUCCCAUGGUGUUUAUACUUGCGUACUAUUGUUUGUACAGAUGAACAUGGUAACUUCAGGCGUUUGGAAAUUGCUCACAAGGAUGAACAAGACUUGUGGAGGUCUACAAUUCUUUUUCUGAGGUCUUGGCUGAUUUCCUUAGAUUUUCCCAUGAUGUCAAGCAAAGAGGCACUGAGUUUGAAGGUAGGCCUUGAAAUACAUCCACAGGUACACCUCCAAUUGACUCAAAUGAUGUCAAUUAGCCUAUCAGAAGCUUCUAAAGCCAUGAUAUAAUUUUCUGGAACUUUCCAAGCUGUAUAAAGGCACAGUCAACUUAGUGUAUGUAAACUUCUGACCCACUGGAAUUGUGAUACAGUGAAUUAUAAGUGAAAUAAUCUGUCUGUAAACAAUUGUUGGAAAAAUUACUUGUGUCAUGCACAAAGUAAAUGUCCUAACCGACUUGCCAAACCUACAGUUUGUUAACAAUACAUUUGUGGAGUGGUUGAAAAACGAGUUUUAAUGAACUCCAUCCUAAUUGGAUGUAAACUUCCGACUUCAACUGUACAGUGGGGAAAAAAAGUAUUUAGUCAGCCACCAAUUGUGCAAGUUCUCCCACUUAAAAAGAUGAGAGAGGCAUGUAAUUUUCAUCAUAGGUACACGUCAACUAUGACAGACAAAUUGAGGAAAAAAAAUCCAGAAAAUCACAUUGUAGGAUUUUUUAUGAAUUGAUUUGCAAAUUAUGGUGGAAAAUAAGUAUUUGGUCACCUACAAACAAGCAAGAUUUCAGGCUCUCACAGACCUGUAACUUCUUCUUUAAGAGGCUCCUCUGUCCUCCACUCGUUACCUGUAUUAAUGGCACCUGUUAAACUUGUUAUCAGUAUAAAAGACACCUGUCCACAACCUCAAACAGUCACACUCCAAACUCCACUAUGGCCAAGACCAAAGAGCUGUCAAAGGACACCAGAAACAAAAUUGUAGACCUGCACCAGGCUGGGAAGACUGAAUCUGCAAUAGGUAAGCAGCUUGGUUUGAAGAAAUCAACUGUGGGAGCAAUUAUUAGGAAAUGGAAGACAUACAAGACCACUGAUAAUCUCCCUCGAUCUGGGGCUCCACGCAAGAUCUCACCCCGUGGGGUCAAAAUGAUCACAAGAACAGUGAGCAAAAAUCCCAGAACCACACGGGGGGACCUAGUGAAUGACCUGCAGAGAGCUGGGACCAAAGUAACAAAGCCUACCAUCAGUAGCACACUACGCCGCCAGGGACUCAAAUCCUGCAGUGCCAGACGUGUCCCCCUGCUUAAGCCAGUACAUGUCCAGGCCCGUCUGAAGUUUGCUAGAGUGCAUUUGGAUGAUCCAGAAGAGGAUUGGGAGAAUGUCAGAUGAAACCAAAAUAUAACUUUUUGGUAAAAACUCAACUCGUCGUGUUUGGAGGACAAAGAAUGCUGAGUUGCAUCCAAAGAACACCAUACCUACUGUGAAGCUUGGGGGUGGAAACAUCAUGCUUUGGGGCUGUUUUUCUGCAAAGGGACCAGGACGACUGAUCCGUGUAAAGGAAAGAAUGAAUGGAGCCAUGUAUCGUGAGAUUUUGAGUGAAAACCUCCUUCCAUCAGCAAGGGCAUUGAAGAUGAAACGUGGCUGGGUCUUUCAGCAUGACAAUGAUCCCAAACACACCGCCCGGGCAACGAAGGAGUGGCUUCGUAAGAAGCAUUUCAAGGUCCUGGAGUCGCCUAGCCAGUCUCCAGAUCUCAACCCCAUAGAAAAUCUUUGGAGGGAGUUGAAAGUCCGUGUUGCCCAGCGACAGCCCCAAAACAUCACUGCUCUAGAGGAGAUCUGCAUGGAGGAAUGGGCCAAAAUACCAGCAACAGUGUGUGAAAACCUUGUGAAGACUUACAGAAAACGUUUGACCUGUGUCAUUGCCAACAAAGGGUAUAUAACAAAGUAUUGAGAAACUUUUGUUAUUGACCAAAUACUUAUUUUCCACCAUAAUUUGCAAAUACAUUCAUAAAAUAUCCUACAAUGUGAUUUUCUGGAUUUUUUCUCCUCAUUUUAUCUGUCAUAGUUGACGUGUACCUAUGAUGAAAAUUACAGGCCUCUCUCAUCUUUUUAAGUGGGAGAACUUGCACAAUUGGUGGCUGACUAAAUACUUUUUUUCCCCACUGUAUGUGACACCAAUUAAUGCCAAAAUAACAUGCAAAACAGGCAACAACAGAAAAGCCCCACCUGCCCUAAAUGACGGUUCGCCACUGCAAAGGACUGCUUGGACUGUUGCAGGAUCUCUCUGUGCUGAAUUGAAGAGACCUGCAGGGAUUUCCACACGCUGGACAAACCACUGGUGACCACCAUGGGCAUGAUUGUUGACAGGCCUCUAGUGGACUCUGGUUGGUGCAGAAGGGGUGUGUCCUAGCUUACCAGCAGACAAAUCUUACUACUAAGUACAUCAAACUCCACCAACAUGCACCACCAUAUACCUCUAGUCGACUACCAGCUUGGCCCAACGCAGUGUGUUUUUUCCCAUGGAGCGCCCAAAAGUUUUUUUUUUACAACUAUAAGAAAAAAUGCAUAAAAUUCCAUGUCAAUUUUUAUAAUGCAGAAUAAUGGUCCUAUUACAUAUGACCACUCGGGCUGGGCAAUUAAUUUAUAUAUACCACAACCCUUUACAGACUAACAGUAGAACACAGCUAUAGUAACAUGUCAAUAGCUAUAAUUUUUCAGACAAUUACAAUGUUCUGUAUUUCCCCCCUGACAACAAUACAUUUCGCAGAUUGAUGUGCUGCUGUGUUGUUUUUUUAUGGUAUGGUAGCUAGAUGUUUUUUUUUUUUUUUCUACUAAAUGUCUUGGUAAGUCACGGUAUUUAACAAACUUGAAAGUACUUUUUUUAGGAGAGAGUGGUCUGCAAACAUGCAAGCAGGCUGCGUGCAGCGGCUCAAUAUUAUUUGAUUGACAGUUCUAGUUGCCUAAUGAUGGAUUUUAGUCCCUCUUCAAAGAAGUGUGUAAAAUGUAUCUUUAUAUCACCAGGCGCUUUCAACGGGCCACAUUCCAACUCCAUUACGUCUGAAAAAUGUAAUCGAUACAGGCUACCAGUAGCUACUGUAAUUUCAUAUAAGGGCAAAAACGAAGAGUAGGCUACCCCGUGCUCGCAAGACUGGCCUGAAGACAUCCGUACCAUGAAUAGGGUAGGAUAUUAUAAACGCAACAGACCGAAGACAACACACACUUGCAUUGUUUGCGAGGGAGAGAGAGGCAGAAGCUUGCUAAUGUGUUUUGGUAAUCUGCAUCUUGCAAAGACUUCUCGUGCAUGCCUUGCAAAUUCAGUAGCCUAAAGUUCGCCUCUUCCUCUCUGGUUUUAUUUGAAUUACACAACUUCCCCAGGCCUUUAUAACUCGGAAAAUAAUAUGUUUUGUCAUAACUGAAAUGUGAUUUUAAUUAAGUGAAAAAACAACAACAAAAAACAGUUUUUUGGUUAGGAUUUUUCUUAACAUUAAGGAUCCCAAUUUAGUUUAAACAUUUUAAGGUUAGUUGAAAUAAAGUGACCCAACCUAAAAGUUGUUGAUUGCAAAUAUCUGCAAAUGUAACACGGCACUGUUACCCUACGGAGAAGCCAUGCGUACUACUGGCAAGUGCAGGGCCAACUGCUCAUUACUGGGCUACAGUGGUGUGACUGUUGUCUGUGCCCAGAGAGAUGUGCAGCGACUGCACCUUGACCCAGAGGUUACGGGGAGAUCAGAGAGAAGGCAGAUUCCUGUUACUUCAACGUGUACAGAUGAACCUGUACUUGUCUGCACUACAUUUGUUUCAGCCCAACUGCAGCCCCACAAUGUGUGAAGCCCUUACAUUGAAUUGAACUAAUUUCUUGUUGAUGAUUGAUUUGAUUACAAGGUGAUUCUAGUCUAGAUUUAAGAGCCAAAUAGCCAAAAUGAUAUUUGUAUGUAUUAUAUUUAAGAAUUAUGAAAUGAGAUUGUAUAACAGUCAUGGGGUGCAGUCAGAGACCUAAUGGGAAUGUCUGGCCAGAGUCCAUACAGUCAGAGACCUAAUGGGAAUGUCUGGCCAGAGUCCAUACAGUCAGAGACCAUACAGUCAGAGACCUAAUGGGAAUGUCUGGCCAGAGACCAUACAGUCAGAGACCUAAUGGGAAUGUCUGGCCAGAGACCAUACAGUCAGAGACCUAAUGGGAAUGUCUGGCCAGAGUCCAUACAGUCAGAGACCUAAUGGGAAUGUCUGGCCAGAGUCCAUACAGUCAGAGACCUAAUGGGAAUGUCUGGCCAGAGUCCAUACAGUCAGAGACCUAAUGGGAAUGUCUGGCCAGAGUCCAUACAGUCAGAGACCUAAUGGGAAUGUCUGGCCAGAGUCCAUACAGUCAGAGACCUAAUGGGAAUGUCUGGCCAGAGUCCAUACAGUCAGAUAACUAAUGGGAAUGUCUGGCCAGAGACCAUACAGUCAGAGACCUAAUGGGAAUGUCUGGCCAGUCCAUACAGUCUUUUGACUGUGCUGUCUGCACAUCCGCUAUUUUUUGAUUCAAGAACACCUAAGUUAUAGUUCAAUGUGUUGUAUAUUUAUAUAAAAAAAAAAAAAAAUUGUAGUAUCUACGUCAAAUCAAAUCAAAUCAAAUUGUAUUUGUCACAUGCGCUGAAUACAACAGGUGUAGUAGACCUUACAGUGAAAUGCUUACUUACAAGCCCUUAACCAACAAUGCAGUUUUAAGAAAAAAUAAGUGUUAAGAAAGUAUUUACUAAAUAAGCUGAAGUAAACAAUAAAUUAAUAAAAAUGAAAAAAAGAAGAAAGUAGAAAAAUAACAAAUUAUUAAAGAGCAACAAUAAAAUAACAGUAACGAGGCUAUAUACAGGGGGUACCGGUACAGAGUCAAUGUGUGUGGGGCACAGGUUAGUCAAGAUAAAUUUAGGUAAUAUGUACAUGUAGGUAGAGGUAAAAUGACUUUGCAUAGAUAAUAAACAGAGAGUAGCAGCAGCAUAAAAAUGGGGGGGGGGGGGGGGGGUCAAUGUAAAGUAGCAGGAGGGUCAAUGUAAAUAGUCUGGGUGGCCAUUUGAUUAAAUGUUUAGCAGCCUUAUAGCUUGGGUGUAGAAGCUGUCAAGAAGCCUUUUGGACCUAGACUUGGCGCUCCGGUACUGCUUGCUGUGCGGUAGCAGAGAGAACAGUCUAUGACUAGGGUGGCUGGAGUCUUCGACAAUUUUUAGGGCCUUCCUUUGACACCGCCUGGUAUAGAGGUCCUGGACGGCAGGAAGCUUGGCCCCAGUGAUGUAGUGCCUUGCGGUCGGAAGCCGAGCAGUUGCCAUACCAGGCGGUGAUGCAACCAGUCAGGAUGCUCUCGAUGGUGCAACUGUCAAACUUUUUGAGGAUCUGAGGACCCAUGCCAAAUCUUUUCAGUCUCCUGUGGGGGAAAAGGUGUUGUCGUGCCUUCUUCACGAUUGUCUUGGUGUGUUUGGACCAUGACAGUUCGUUGGUGAUGUGGACACCAAGGAACUUGAAGCUCUCAACCUGCUCCACUACAGCCCCGUCGAUGAGAAUGGGGGCGUGCUCGGCCCUCCUUUUCCUGUAGUCCACGAUCAUCUCCUUUGUCUUGAUCACGUUGAGGGAGAGGUUGUUAUUCUGGCACCACACUGCCAGGUCUCUGACAUCCUCCCUAUAGGCUGUCUCAUCGUUGUCGUUCACUGUUGUGUCGUAGGCAAACUUAAUGAUGGUGUUGGAGUCAUGCUUGGCCACGCAGUCAUGGGUGAACAGGGAGUACAGGAGGGGACUGAGCACGCACCCCCGAGGGGCCCCCGUGUUGAGGAUCAGCGUGGCAGAUGUGUUGUUACCUACUCUUACCACCUGGUGGCGGCCUGUCAGGAAGUCCAGGAUCCAGUUGCAGAGGGAGGUGUUUAGUCCCAUGGUCCUUAGCUUAGUGAUGAGCUUUGAGGGCACUAUGGUGUUGAACGCUGAGCUGUAGUCAAUUAAUAGAAUUCUCACAUAGGUGUUCCUAUUGUCCAGCUGGGAAAGGGCAGUGUGGAGUGCAACAGAGAUUGCAUCAUUUGUGGAUCUGUUGGGGCAGUAUGCAAAUUGGAGUGGGUCUAGGGUUUCUGGGAUAAUGGUGUUGAUGUGAGCCAUGACCAGCCUUUCAAAGCACUUCAUGGCUACAGACUUGAGUGCUAAGGGUCGGUAGUCAUUUAGGCAGGUUACCUUGGUGUUCUUGGUCACAGGGACUAUGGUGAUCUGCUUGAAACAUGUUGGUAUUACAAACUUGGUCAGGGACAGGUUGAAAAUGUCAGUGAAGCCACUUGCCAGUUGGUCAGCGCAUGCUCGGAGUACACGCCCUGGUAAUUCGUCUGGCCCUGCGGCCUUGUGAAUGUUGACCUGUUUAAAGGUCUUACUCACAUCGGCUACGGAGAGCGUGAUCACACAGUUGUCCGGAACAGCUGGUGCUCUCAUGCAUGCUUCAGUGUUGCUUCUCUCGAAGCGAGCAUAGAUGUUAUUUAGCUCUUCUCGUAGGGUCGUGUCACUGGGCAGCUCGCGGCUGUGCUUCCCUUUGUAGUCCGUAAUAGUUUGCAAGCCCUGCCACAUCCGACGAGUAUCGGAGAUGGUGUAGUAGGAUUCAAUCUUAGUCCUGUAUUGAUGCUUUGCCUGUUUGAUGGUUCGUCGGAGGGCGUAGCAGGAUUUCUUAUAAGCGUCCGGGUUAGAAUCCCGCUCCUUGAAAGCUCCUAACUCAGUGUGGCUGUUGCCUGUAAUCCAUGGAUUCUGGUUGGGGUAUAUACGUACGGUCACUGUGGGGACGACAUCAUCGAUGCACUUAUUGAUGAAGCCAGUGACUGAUGUGGUGUGCUCGUCAAUGCCAUCGGAGGAAUCCCAGAACAUAUUCCAGUCUGUGCUAGCAAAACAGUCAUGUAGCUUAGCAUCUGCGUCAUCUGAUCACUUGACCUCCCGAGUGGUGCAGUGGUCUAAGGCUGUGCCACUAGAGAUCCUGGUUUGAAUCCAGGCUCUGUCGUAGCCGGCCGCAACCGGGAGACCCCAUGGGGCGGCGCACAAUAGGCCCAGCGUCGUUCAGGGAAGGGGAGGGAAUGGCCGGCAGGGAUGUAGAGCAUGGCGUUUGUAACUCCAGGGUUGCGGGUUCGAUUCCCACGAGGGGCCAGUAUAAAAAAAAUAAUGUAUGCACUCACUAACUGUAAGUCGCUCUGGAUGAGAGCGUCUGCUAAAUGACUAAAAUGUAAAUCACUUCUGUACUGAGCGAGUCACUGGUACUUCCUGCUUUAGUUUUUGCUUGUAAGCAGGAAUCAGGAGGAUAUAAUUAUGGUCAGAUUUGCCAAAUGGAGGGCGAGGGAGAGCUUUAUACGCCUCUCUGUGUGUGGAGUAAAGGUGGUCUAGAGUUUUUUUCCCUCUGUUUACACAUGUAACAUGCUGGUGGAAAUUAGGUGAAAUGUAUUUAAGUUUCCCUGCAUUAAAGUCGCCGGCCACUAGGAGCGCCGCCUCUGGGUGAGCAUUUUCUUGUUUGCUUAUGGCCCUAUACAGCUCGUUGAAUGCGGUCUUAGUGCCAGCAUCGGUUUGUGGUGGUAAAUAGACAGCCAUGAAAAAUAUAGAUGAAUACUCUCUUGGUAAAUAGUGUGGUCUACAGCUUAUCAUGAGAUACUCUACCUCAAGGCGAGCAAAACCUUGAGACUUCAUUAAUAUCAGAUUUCAUGCACCAGCUGUUAUUGACAAAUAGACACAGACCGCCACCCCUUCGUCUUACCAGAGGCAACUGUUCUAUCUUGCCUAUGCACGGAAAACCCCGCCAGCUCUAUGUUAUUCACGUCGUCGUUCAGCCACGACUCGGUGAAACAUAAGAUAUUACAGUUGUUAAUGUCCCGUUGGUAGGAUAGUCUUGAUCGGAGCUCAUCCAGUUUAUUAUCCAAUGAUUGUACGUUGGCUAAUAGGACGGAUGGUAGAGGUGGGUUACCCACUCGCAAUCGGAUUCUUACAAGGCAACCCGACCUACGACACCUAUAUCUUCUUCUCUUUUUAAUGCGAAUGAUGGGGAUUUGGGCCUUGUCCGGUGUCUGAAGUAAAUCCUUCGCAUCUGACUCGUUAAAGAAAAAAUAUUCCUCCAGUACGAGGUGAGUAAUUGCUGUUCUGAUAUCCAGAAGUUUUUUUUUCGGUCAUAAGAGACGGUGGCAGAAACAUUACGUACAAAAGAAGUUACAAAUAACACGAAAAAACACACACAAUAGCACAAUUGGUUAGUAGCCCGUAAAACGGCAGCCAUCUUCUCCGGCGCCAUUUUACGUGUGUGUGUUUGGAAUAGAAAUGUCACUUCAAAUUGUAGAGAACACAAAAUGUACAAAUACUGAAAUACUCUUCCCACCGUUUGUGAGAAUAGCAAUUUUCAGGAUGUCACCUGGUAAACAGCAUUGUAGCUCUGCCUCUGCAGAUGCGGAAGGGCGACAUUGGCGGAUGUGGUGGAUUGAGACGCAUCCCAUGCAACCCCAAAAAAACAGACUUAUUUUUUUAUUAUGUUCAUUAGAUUGCCGGGUGCGUCAAUACACUCUUUGUCUUAAACUAUAUGUGUAACUGGGCUAGGAUGCUCUUAAAGGGAUACUUUGGGAUUUUGGCAUUGAGGCCCUUUAUCUACUUUCCCAGAGACAGAUGAAGUCGUGGAAACCAUUUUUAUGUCUCAGUAACCACGUUUCCAUUCACAGCUUUUAUGCGAGUAAAGUAUAUAAAAAUAUCACGACAGCUGUGAUGGAAACAGGAAGUUUUGGUACAAUUUUAUAAAUGUCGAUAGAUCAUUUGUUGGUUUGAAAUUGUGGGAUAUUUUUGUGUCUGUAAAAUGUAUUAUGCGAGAAAUGGCGUUGGAAACGCCUUUUUACGCAAAUAUUGGUAUAAUAACCAUCAUAUCGAUGUAAACUUCGAAGUAAAGUCACGUGAUGACAUGGUGUGUGCUCCUCCCAAUACGACUCGGGAAACAAUGCAGUUUAUUAGGCUACAGAUUAAAUAAAUUAAAGAUGAACUUCACAGGGUGUUGAAAGUGCAUGGUAUGAGCUUGAUGCUCUUAUCCAAUAAAAUGUUGAGGGUCUUAAUUUGGUGACAUGAUGAUCGAUGCUUGACUGACGUUUGACAAAUUCACCCUCCGAAUCACCCGCUCCACAUGGAUCCUCAGGCGUCUGAUGAACUUCUGCUGUUGGCAUUUGGCUCUGUUUGGGGGACAGUAGACCUUCCCUGGUACAAAGUUAUUGAUUAGGAACCCCAUGUCGGCCAUUACUGCCAUGUCCUCGGUGAGGUGUUGGAUGCCUGACUGUUUGAAAAUGUCUUUGUCGCUGAUGGAGCCUGCAUACAGUGAUGACACAAAGGCAAUCAAUCCACGAGGAGCUAUUCCUACUAAUGCCUUCAUUGUGCAGUGGGAUUUGUAAAUGGAGGACAUCUCACUCUGCAGCAGACGAGACGACGAUGUCUGACACCUAACAAUGACCUGCUUGUCUGGGUAGCUUUUAAAUUCCUCUGACACGUUGGCCUUACAUUUACAUUUACAUUUAAGUCAUUUAGCAGACGCUCUUAUCCAGAGCGACUUACAGUUAGUGAGUGCAUACAUUAUUCUUUUUAUUUUUCAUACUGGCCCCCCGUGGGAAUCGUACCCACAACCCUGGCGUUGCAAACGCCAUGCUCUACCAACUGAGCUACAUCCCUGCCGGCCAUUCCCUCCCCUACCCUGUACGACGCUGGGCCAAUUGUGCGGCGCCCCGUGGGUCUCCCGGUCGCGGUCGGCUACGAUGUUCUCUGCUCCGAGCAGUGUGUAUAUGAAGUUGGCCCAUGUGAUGAUGAUCCUACAGACUGAAGCGGGAUGGAUGUGAAAGUGUAGGCCCAGGUCUCUGUCCUUCAACCCCAGAGCGAGAUGUGUGAGGAAGAGGAUACACAGCCAUUUCGUAGCGGUUGACUGUGGAUGCAUCAUGUGUGUGUAUUUAAUUUAACACUGUAUUGUGUAUUUAAUUUAGCAUACAUCACAUUCUCAUGAAAAAUAUUAUUGAUAGUAACACAAUGUUUGAACUAAUUUACAACAUUAAAACGAUUCAAAUCUUACCGAGUACUUGGAUGGAAGAGUGACAUCAUCAUUCCUCAGAGUGGCUCUUGCUGGUCGAAGAACGUGCAAAAGCUUGGCAGUUGCUGGCUCAAUCAGUCUCCAAAAAGCCACAAGAUGGUCAUAACCCCCGAAAGAGUAGCUGCUGCCUUGCGGGCAGCUAAUGUGGAUCCCUAAUAAAUACAAAAUACAAAUAACUGGAAAAUCUGUUGGAAGAAUGAAACAAAAGAAGACGCAGCCUUCCUACUACUCGUCUUCAGGAAGGAAAUGUCUGCCACAGACCUUAGAGAGGUUUUCCCGAUGGUGAAGUUUCUCGCCGGAUGUUGAUCACCCACUUCUUUUGUAGCUCAUCUUCAGCAGGGAAAGAGUUAGAAAGUUACAGAGGCAUAAAUAUCAUAAAUACCAAAUGCUUACCUCCCUUGUUAUUGUAAUGGUGAGAGGUUAGCAUGUCUUGGGGGUAUUUGUGCGUCUGUAACUUUCUCACUCAUCAUUAUUCACGAUUCAUUCAGGGCUAUCCGUAAUCAUGGUAGCAUCUACAUUAAUGUAGAAGUGUUCAGAAACAUAUUCUAGUCUUAUUUACAAUAAAAGUGACUCCAAAAUCACACCAUACAUUAUUUACCAUUAAUUUCUAUUGGGCACAAAAUUAUCUGAAACACAACCAAAACAAACAGAAAAUGCAUCCAACAAGCUUGAUAUAAUCAUUGCGUGAUAGGAAUAUAGGACCAGAUACUAAACUUUUGACUACUUUAAGACACAUAAGUGAAUUUGUCCCAAUACCUUUCGUCCCCUAAAGUACUGUAAUUUCUAAAUGGUUCACCCGAUAUGGAUGACAAUACCCUCACAUUAAAGCUGACAGUCUGCAAUUUAUCCUCAUAGUCAUUGUAUCAUUUCAAAUCCAAAGUACUGGAGUAUAGAGCUAAAACAACAAAAAAUGUGUCACUGUCCCAAUAAUUUUUGGGUACACAACUUAUACUACUAUUAUAUACAAAAAAGCACUCAUAUAUAUAUAUAUAUAUAUAUACAUACACUACUAGUCAAAAGUUUGGACACACCUACUCAUUCAAGGGUUUUUCUUUAUUUUUAUAAUUUUUUACAUUGUAGAAUAAUAGUGAAGACAUCAAAACUAUGAAAUAACACAUAUGGAAUCAUGUAGUAACCAAAAAAGUGUUAAACAAAUCAAAAUAUAUUUUAUAUUUGAGAUUCUUCAAAUAGCCACCCUUUGCCUUGAUGACAGCUUUGCACACCCAUGGCAUUCUGUCAACCAGGUGUGCCUUCUUAAAAGGUAAUUUGUGGAAUUUCUUUCCUUCUUAAUGCGUUUGAGCCAAUCAGUUGUGUUAUGACAAGGUAGGGGGGGGGGGGUAUACAGAAGAUAGCCCUAUUUAGUAAAAGACCAAUUCCAUAUUAUGGCAAGAACAGCUCAAAUAAGCAAAGAGAAACGACAGUCCAUCAUUACAAGACAUGAAGGUCAGUCAAUACGGAACAUUUCAAGAACUUUGAAAGUUUCUUCAAGUGCAGUCGCAAAAACCAUCAAGCACUAUGAUGAAACUGGCUCUCAUGAGGACCGCCACAGGAAAGGAAGACCCAGAGUUACCUCUGCUGCAGAGGAUAAGUUCAUUAGAGUUACCAGCCUCAGUAACAUACACAUCUCAACAUCAAAUUGGCUCUUGAAAGCUGUUGUCGCAACGAUGACUGUCCCAAAUAUAGGCGAAGUUGGUCAAAAGGGUACACGACGGAUGGGCAGGAAUCGAGGAAUCCGGGAGAAAGAGAGCGCGCUUGUUUGAAAUGGAAAAGGAUCGUGGUAGCUAUUGAUAAAGAACAACAUCAAGACGAAGCAGCUGAUUGAUGCACUGUUGAGCGCUACAUCCUGAGGGGUUAAUGCUGAUUGUACGGAUAUUGUGACAGCCGGUUAAAUGGCAUCCCUAGACAAGGCAAGAACAAGAUGUAUGUCAGGGGAAGUGCAGUACUAUCAUAAGGAGAGUUAUACUUGGAGUACGGAGGAAUGGAGGGAAAAAGAGAGGCAAAGGAGGUCUAAGAGAGAGAGGGAGGAAGAGGGUGAGCUUGAGUCAGUUAAAAAUGGCAGGGAAAAAAGGGAGAUGGUUUGCUAAAGAAGAAUGGUAGAAAGGUGUAAGCAGAAUGAGUUGAACACAGGAGGAGAAAUGGAAGUGAAUGAGGGUGAAGUAUCGGAGGUGGUAGGUGUGGUGAAGUUCUCGGAGCCCGAGGUUUGCACCGAGGGUCAGGAUAAAGAUGAGUCUGUGACAGUAGGAGUGAAGUUUUGGGAAAAUGUGAACCCUUGCCUUUUGGCUGAUCCACUUGUGGUUUCAGGGUGGGUGAAAACAGAUGCUGUGGAAUCGGUGAGGGUAACCAGAAGUGGUCUAGUGAUAAUUGUUUGUGUUUCUGCUGGUCAGAGGGAGCAGGUGCUCCAUGUUAAACGAAUGGGGGCAGGAGAUGUGAAUUGUUUUGCUCUCAAGAAAAGGGCGCCAUUGAAAGGUUUGAUUACUGGGGUAGCGGUAAAUGUGAAAGCUGACCAACUGAAGGGGAAGAUUCCCGGUGUUUGUGAUGCUCGUCGUUUGGUGCGACCCAGACAGGCGGGCGUGAGUGGAGAAACAGAAGAGUCAUUGUCUGUUCUUUUGAGUUUUGAUGUUGAGUCUUUGCCUGACAAAGUGAUGUUAGGAUAUAUAAGUUAUUCGGUACAAGCUUUUGUGCCGAAUACAUUACGUUGUUACAGUUGUCAAUCUUAUGGGCAUGUGGCAGCAGUGGGUAGGAGGGAGGUUCCUAGGUGUGAGAAGUGUGCAGAAGGGCAUGAGACAAAGGAAUGUGUAGCAUUGGGGAAAGUAGUGAUAUGUGUUAAUUGUAGGGGUGCCCCUUGGGCUGGGGAUCCGAAAUGUCCGGUGCGAGAGAGGCAGGUUGAGGUUUCCAGGGUUAGAGCAGUGCAGAAGUUGUCAUGUGCUAAGGCAGUGAAGAAAGUAGAGGAAGAUGGGUCAAGGGGGAGGGAUCCUGAUAGGAGUGGUGUGAGUAGUAGAUCUGUACCAGUAUAUAAUAAACCAACAAGUGAUCAAGUGAUAUAUGUUUCAGUAAGAUUGGAUUUUUGGCAUUUAUAACAAUGGUUAUCAACUGUACUGCAGGGAUGGAACGUAAGUUGCAGAAAAUACAGGUUGUGGUGGCAGCUGCAGAGAGGUAUUUGGGUGUGUGAGACUUCACAUCAGAAGAGUUACAAGGUGUGUUAAGUGGUGGUUUCCCAUCCUUUCAGGCUGUUGGCCUGAAGUAGGAAUAAAUAUAUUUAAAUAGUGGAGUAUGGUGGUUAUUAUAAUUUUUUUUGUGAGUGUAGUGUUAGAUGGUAGGGUAUUUUUUUGUAUAUUUUUAAGCAAAAUAUAAGGAAGUUAUACUCCAGUCUAGUAAGUGGCGGUAAUGCAACAUUUGUUGGAUGCCAACCGCCGUUAAAUCUCAUCGAAGAAGAAGAAGUUAUCGUAACGAUGCACAACAUUUGAAGUCUUGAACAAGACCCUGCGGUUCCAACAACCGUUGAGAGAAGGAUAUGCUUGGUUUGUUACACUUCCGGUAGCGCAAAUGUUGUUAUGGUAACGUAAGCAAACCUUGAUUCUGCUCCUCUUGAGGCUUUAGCUCAAUCUCCAUGUUUUUAUGUAUUAUUUGCUAAAUUAGCUUUCUUACCAUCCAACGCACCAUAAUACAUACGCAGUUAAAAUGGAGGGAGCAGAUACCGGAGGAAAUACUUACCUCAUUAGACCGAAUUAUCAUCACAAGUAAGUUGCCACACUCAAUGCUAACGGUAAAGUUAGCUAGCUAACGUUAGCUAUGCAAGGAAAAGGCGAAGUGAGAGGUUUUACUCCGCCACGAAAAUAAUUUGGGUGGUGGUUGGAGGCUCGAAGGAGUAGUGGUUGGGAGGAAAUGGUGACUGCUUGAAUCUGAAAGUGCGGCAAGUGAAGUGUGUGACUAUGAAUGGAAAAUAAUGAAAUCAAAGAAUGGAACAAAACGAGUAAAAGUUGUAGUAGAAGACAAGGAUCGGUCCCAUAAUGCAUUUCUUAGGAAUCAGUGGGAAAGGUGGAUUCAAUCAAGGUGAAUAGAAGCGGCCUUGUUUUGGUUAAUUGUGUUGAUGAAGAACAGAAGAAGCGUGCACUGGAUCUGGCAAAGUUGUCCACGUCAGAAGUAACAUGUAUUGAUCUUCGGAGCAGGGCGCCUGCCAAAGGAGUUCUAGCGGGAGUCUCGUUGGAAAUACACUACCAGUCAAAAGUUUGGACACAACUACUCAUUCAAGGGUUUUCCUUUAUUUUUACAUUGUAGAAUAAUAGUGAAGACAUCAAAACUAUGAAAUAACACAUGGAAUCAUGUAGUAACCGAAAAGGUGUUAAACUAGUCAAAAUAUAUGUUAUAUUUAAGAUUCUUAAAAUAGCCACCCUUUGCUUUGAUGUCAGCUUUGCACACUCUUGGCAUUCUCUCAACCAGCUUCACCUGGAAUGCUUUUCCAACAGUCUCGAAGGAGUUCCUUUCUUUUUUGAUAGUUUGGUAUGAUAUUAGAUUUAUUUUUAACCACAUCAUAUCCUUUUUUUGGGAUCCUUAUUCACCCGCACAGUAGGUGGCAGAAUGUACAUCAAAUUGUUUUGCGAACGGCAAUUAUACCAUAGAAGAAGAAUUUGUCCUCAUGGAAAUGUGUACAUUGUACAGCGACCCUGGAGCAAUUUGGGUUAGCUAAGUGCACAGCGACAGAUUCGUUUUUUUCUCCCACUCUGUCAGCUCCAGUAUUUGAACCAGAAACCUUUCAGCUCUAGGCUACCUGCUACUCUAAAAUAAUUUGAUGAAGUGACUCAUUUUUGUAUGGAGGUCAAUGAGAGUGUUGAAGUAGGUCACCAAAAACAUUGAACUGCUAAUUCGGCACACGAGGCUUAUUUUAUCAAAUAGAAGUUUCGCAAUGGUUAGGUUGUUACUAAUACACUGAUGCACGUGGCAUUUCGGGAACUAACCCCAAAACGACUUUGUAUCAGAGUUGUGCCUGUUGUCAUAGAGAUCUGAUAGAGGACUCAUCAUGGAUAUAACCCGUUUUAGCAUUGCCAUUGAGGGCUUCAACCAUUUUAAAGUAAUAAUAAUAAUAAUAAUAUGCCAUUUAGCAGACGCUUUUAUCCAAAGCGACUUACAGUCAUGUGUGCAUACAUUUUUUGUGUAUGGGUGGUCCCGGGGAUCGAACCCACUACCUUGGCGUUACAAGCGCCAUGCUCUACCAGUUGAGCUACAGAGGACCACGUAGUCAACUGGGUGGGGUUUCAUAUGAGUUGGGAGCAAUCAGCCAAUGAAUAAGAAUACAAUUGACUACUUUAAAAUGGCGAUGGCCAUACUAUAACAGACGCUAUAAUGGCACAGAUACAAAGACGAGUCCUUUAUCUAUGUCUAGGGCCUGUUGUUUACAGGCAUAUCUGCCCUCUCAUUUGCUAGAAUUGUCCUACCUGAUCUCGCCUUCCAUAUUUGAGGACAUAGUUCCAUUGUUAGAGCGGUCACUCGAAUAUCUUGCCAAUAUAAUAUACAUAGUUUGCAGUUCUGUAGACUAGAUAUAUAGCUAGCUAAAAACUGUUUUUACUUGUUUGAAGCUAAAUUAGUUGGCCAUCUAGCUAUCUAAUAUCUAGCCUAGCUAGUUAACGUUAGGUAGCUAGUUAGCAGGGCAGCCUGUUGUCUGUCUCUCUGUCUUUCCCUCCUCUUUAUCUAUCAUUUUGUUUUUAUUUCAGGUUCAAAGCAGCUGUUGUGAAGGAGUGCAUUCGUGAUAUCCUGAGAGAACAACUCUCUGGGGUGCAAUAUGAUCCGGAUGAGGUCGCCGUUCUGUCCCGUUCAUUAGCAGAUUGCAUAAAGCGCAAACUGAAGGGUGAGAAACUACUCAGCCGUUACAAAGCCUCUAACUGGGGCUGACAUUGUGAAACAACUCUUAUCCUAAUAAGAUGAGUAAAUGUAUAGCAAUGAGAAUGCCCUCAUCCAACUCUAAGUCUUCAAGACUUUUCUAUAAACUAGGGUGUCAGUGAGGAUUUCCUGCGGUGGACAACUUGUUACAGCUGUUAAGUCAUUGAUAAUAAUCUGCAAAAAAAAAGAAAGAAAAUCAUGUCAUUACAUUAAAGAUAUAAGGGGGAAACAUGGCUACAUUUAAUUAAAUUCACGAGUUGAUUUAAAAACUAUGUUUAACCCUUUCUCAUGGUUGAUGUCUUGACAGAUUUGUCCAAAAUCGUUUGACAUAAAACACUACUUUUCUUACCUUGCAUUUAUAGCAGUGUUGUUUGGCCUUAUUAAGCAUGUAUCCGUUUAAAAAUAAGUCCUGGGUGCUUUGAUAGCAAUAGACAACAAGAAAUCCACAAGGGCCGACCAACUGGAUCCUGGUCUGCUUAUGUGUGCAGCGCCCAUCAUUGUUGGCUCAAUAACGCACAUUUUUUAUUUAACAUUGUUAUCAGGAAAUAUUCCAAAAGUAUGGAAAUCUGCUCUUGCGCUACAACUCCAUAAGGGCAGGGAUAGUAGUGAUCUUAAUAAUUAUCGCCCCAUUUCAAGGCUUCCUUGUCUAUGAUUCUCACAUCCUUGGUAAAUGUACAACUUUGCUAUUUUUUUUAUCUGAGAAAUGUAUUUUGAUAUAAAUCAAUCAGGGUUUAGGCCUGGGCAUAGUACUAUUACAGCAACCACUUUAGUUGUUAAUGAUCUUGUCAAUACUUAAGACACUAAAAGGAAGUGUGCUGCUUUGUUUGUGGACCUGUCAAAAGCUUUUGAUAAUGUUGAACUAUUUUAUUGAAUAAGUUCUACUCGAUAGGCCUGAGCUCUGACGCCUGUUCAUCGUUUCAUGAUUAUCUUGUUUACAAAACUCAGGCCAUCGUGAUGGAUGGGGUUAAGUCUGAAUUUCUUGAAGUACAUAAAGGUGUACCACAGGGGUACAUUUUGGGACCUCUUCACUAUUUCUAUAAACACCAUUGGUCAAUCUGUGAUUUAAAGAAAACAAUUUUUUACUUAAUCUAUAUGCAGAUGAUACUAUUAUGUAUGCUAUUGCCCCGGCUGUUGAUCUGACUGUUUCAAAACUACAGUCAGAUUUUAUAUCUAUGCAGGAAUCCCUUGCUGAUUUAAAACUUGUGCUUAAUACGGGCAAAAUGAAAUAAAUGUUGUUUUUAAACUCUCGUAAGAAUGUUUCAGAUAUGGUUAAGCGAGCAGUGUGUCAAGAAGCAGUGCAGCUUGGCAGGGUCGUGUUUCGGAGGACGCAUGGCUCUCGACCUUCGCCUCUCCCCAGUCCGUAGGAGAGUUGCAGCGAUGGGACAAGACUGUAACUACCAAUUGGAUAUCACGAAAUUGGGGAGAAAAAAUUAAUUAAAUAAAAACAUUUGAAUGUUUCAGAUGACCUACAUGUUCACUCAUUAGAUGGUUCUCCAAUCGAACGUGUUCCCGCAUAUAAAUAUUUUGGCAUUUGGGUUGAUAUGGAUUUGACGUUUAAAAAACAUAUAGAUGAGCUGGUUAAGAAGCUAAGAUUUAAAGUUUUCUUUUUCUACAGCAGUAGGAAGCAGAUUAUUCAGUCAACCUUUCUACCUGUUCUUGAUUAUGGUGAUAUUAUUUAUCAAAGUGCAGCUGCUACUACUCUUAAACCUUUGGAUGCCAUCUACCAUAGUGCCCUUCGUUUUGUUACAGGCGACAGUUUUGAUACUCAUCACUGCAUCCUGUAUCAAAAGGUUGGCUGGACUUUCCUCAAGACCCUUAGAUCUCUACAUUACCCCCUUUCUGUUUCCAAGGCCCUACUUCAUAAACUUCCGUCUUAUCUAACUUUGCUGUUGAAGUACAGACACCUGAGUUGCCUAACCUGUUCACAGGAUUGGUUAACUAUUGAGGUUCCUAGGGUCUCCACCGAGGAGGUAAAUCUGAUUUUAGUUUUAAUGCACCAUAUUGCUGGAACAAAAUUCAAAAAACAUUUCAUCUUGAUGUUCUGGUGCCGUUCGGGCAGUUUAGAGUAUUGAUUGGGGAUUUAUUUGUGGAUGAAUGUAACUGUUUUUCUUGGGGAUUUGUGAUUUUAUAUUUGUGAUAUUUACGAUCAACCCCUCUCCUCUUCUGCAAGUCUCCCCCUGACGGCUGUCAAUAAGGACAUUUCUCAGUUUGUCUCAAUUUACCUUCUAACAAAAAAGGUUAAUGACAAUGAUCUCUCUCUCCAAUGAUAGAUGUGGGCUUUGACCGAUACAAGCUGGUGGUACAAGUGGUUAUUGGAGAGCAGCGAGGAGAAGGUGUCAAGUGAGUGAUGUGGCAUUUGCUCCUCUAUACCAUUUAGAUAAUAUGCAUGGAGGAUGUGGCACUGGCUCCUAUACCGUUUGUUUUCCUUUCUCCCAAGCUACUAUUUGUGGAUCCAAUUCCAAGACCAUCUUAGACCAUCUUUUUAGUUCAUUUUAGUCUUAUGGACCCCACUUAUCCCAAGUCUUAUGGACCCCACUUAUCCCAAGUCUUAUAGACCCCACUUAUCCUAAUAGAAAUACAAUGUCAUUGUUGAACAAUAGAAGUGAACCAAGGUACCCUGAAGGUUUUAGUAGUUGUAUAGGGUGUACCCUUACAGGCUAUACCAUAGCUCUAGACUGAAAGCGGCUGUACUCUGUGUCCUAUACCUUUAUCAGGGAGCAUGCACGCCAUCUAGUGGUAGCUUUUAAUGUCAAAAUGCAUUAUGUUGGUCUCUGUGGUCCAUGUAUUCUGAUUUUCCAAAGCUUGUUUAUGUGUAUUAAAGUUAAUUAAGAGGAACUGAUUACUUUCUUCCUGUCUCACCAGGAUGGCUGCCAGGUGUUUCUGGGAUGCUGACACAGACAGCUACGCUCAGGACAUUUUUAUGAAUGUAAGCGUUUUUAUCUUCAAGUCUGGUAUGAGGAAUUGACAUUUUUUGAUAGAGUCCAUGAUAAUGACUACUUUCUCUCCUCUUCAGGACAGUUUGUUCUGUGUGGCGGCUGCUUUCGGCAGUUAUUACUACUGAGGACAAAAGAAGAUGGGAUGAUUUUGCAAUAG